AUGGGAGCGGGCCCAACCAGAGUGUUCCCUACGUCCCAAUUCGAGGAAACGGAGAGACAUGAGCUUGGUUUUAACGAUGAGGAGAUCGAUCCCGCAAACAUUGUGUAUCCUACCGAAUAUGAAACUUUUGCUCACUUGGGACUCCUGCUCUGCUGCACAAUUGGAAUCUUAACAUCUAUCCUGUUCAUCAGUUUUGCGACUGCUGUCGAGUUGACUACAGAACGAAGUUCUAAAACUUCUUGA